AUGGCUCCUGGCCCCUUCAGCCUCCCCAACAGCAGCUCCUCCUCCUUUGUCCUUGUGGGUGUCCCCACCCUGGAAGCUUUCCCCAUCUGCCUGGGCAUCCUUUUCUGCUCAGCGUACAUCCUCGCCCUGCUAGGAAAUAGCACAGUCCUGCUGGUCAUUGCACUGGACAGGUCCCUGCGGGACCCCAUGCACUGCUUCCUGGCCAUGCUGGCCGCCAUCGACGUGGUGAUGGUGACGUCCAUCGUCCCCAAGCUGCUGGGCAUCUUCUGGUUCCAUUCCAACCAGAUCGGUUACACCGCCUGCUUUGCUCAGAUGUUCUUUGUUCACUCCGCCACAUCAGAGGAGUCAGGAGUGCUCCUGGCCAUGGCUUUUGACCGCUACGUCGCCAUUUGUCACCCCCUCAGGUACAGAAUGAUCCUGAAUCGACAAACAGUUGCCCGGAUAUGCCUGGCCAUCGUGGUGAGAGCACUGCUUCUCAUGGUGCCGUUGACAGGGAUGGUGACAAACCUCCCCUACUGCCGUUCCCUCGUGGUUCCCCAUUCAUACUGCGAGCACAUGGCUGUCACCGGUCUUGCCUGCGCAGACCCCAACCCCAGCAGGCUGUACAGCAUAUCUAUGUCCUCUCUCAUAGUAGGGACGGACACAGCUUUCAUUGCUGCGUCCUACCUGAUGAUCCUGAAAGCCGUCCUGGGCAAGGAAUCGUGCAGGAGGGCCUUCAGCACCUGCGGGUGCCACAUCUGUGUGAUGAUGCUGUACUACAUCCCCGGCCUGCUCUCCAUCUACGUGCAGCACUUCGGCCAGGCUGUGUCUGUGCGUGCACAGGUCCUGCUGGCCGACCUCUACCUCACCCUCCCCGCCGUGCUGAACCCCAUCAUCUACAGCAUGAGGACCAGGCGGAUCCAGAAGGCAGCGCUCAACCUGCUGCGCCCCAGGAAGGCUCACGGCUGUCACAGCGCUCAGUGACUUCCCAGGGCUGUGGACCCACACAAACACAGCACCCAUUCCAUUCCCAGUGGAUGCACGCAGGGAAUGGAAGCCAUGAGGGGAUGGGGGAGGACUUGGCUUUAAUGGCUGUGUGAGACCCUACAGUGCGACAGGAGGUGUUUGGGUCCGGGAUCAUGAGCAGAUGCCAGGCUGCCAUUGCCCUUCCUUCUCACAAGAGAAGAGGUGCAGUCACUGGCUUUGGGUUUUGAGAUGUUCUCUGUGCUGUGAAUGUCCCUGUGAUGGUUUAAAAUUCACAACUGCACGUGUCUUUGUGUCAAUAAACAGAUUCUAUUCAAAAUGGGGAAAUUUCUUCUACGGUGUCUUUUGGACUCAAUGCAAACCUAUCGUUGCUGUCAGCAGGAGACUGUCCUACAUUGCAGGGACUGUAGUCAGUCAGUUC